AUUCUGCAAGUAUAUUUUGACCAAGGCUACCCAUUCCUUCAGGCGACGCUGGCUAAAUAAUUGUAAUUAAAAUAAGGAUCGAUACAGUUAUGGAAGCCAAAUCCGAGGCACCCAUAUCCCCAGCGCCCACGCCAAACGCUACCCCAGUGACGGCAGAGGCAGCCAAGGAGCAAAACUGCACCAACAAUUCGCAAAAUAGCUCGGCCACCGCGGCGGGAACCGGAGCGCCACUAGCGCAGGCAGCAGCAGCAGCAUCUGUUCAGCAGCCAACCAUUAAGAAGCCGAGCCCCAGCUCACUACCCACACGUCAGUAUCUGGACCAGACGGUGGCUCCCAUUCUACUCCACGGUCUGCAGGCACUCGCGCGGGAGCGUCCCACAGAUCCCAUACAAUUCUUGGCCUCCUAUUUGCUGAAGCACAGCAACGGAUGUGAGGACAAUGCGCCGACCACAGAAGGAAACUCCUAAGCACACAAAGCACGUGUCUCCCCCGCAUCCCCUUACCGUAACAUUCUUAAGCCAACAAAAAUCC